AGAAUGGGAAACAAGGGUAAAGAGGGAAACAGGAACAGAAAGUGAAGACUUGUCAAGAUGUCUGGGUGAGGGGGACCAGAACAGAGAAGAAGCCAGAUGCCAAAACAGAAACAACUGAAGUCUGAGCAGCUGUCCGGAUUAGACAGCAGGGCGAGCUGACCUGCCACUUCACACGUCCCCACGGGACACACCCAAAAGCAUCGCUACAAAACUUAACUGUAAAGAGCAAGAGGACGAGCGAGACCUCUGGAAGACAAAGAGAAAGAAAACAUUUUGAGGAAUGCCAAGCAGGAUAAACAAACUUGGCUGGAGUGCAGAUUUUGCCUUUUUUCUCCUGCAUCAAGAUUGUCACAACUGGGCUAUUUCAAAGAAAACCUUCUGAUAAACACGUGAGCUUUUGGUCUUCUGGAUUUGUUUAAAGAAUGCUCAGGGCACUUCAAGGAAGUAGACAUACAUGAAGUCACCCUGCAUGCUUACAGUGUUUCCAUUUAUCAUAAACAACCCAAGCCUGAGUGCGAGCCUCAUCAGAUAGUGCUGUAAACUCUUUAGAAGUAGAAAGCAGGAGCACAUGAAAGUUCAAUGUCAAGUCACCAACAAUAUCAGACCUGACAGACGUCGGAGUAACUUUGAAGCUGAAACCAUACCGCAUAAAAAAACAACUUAAAUGAACACCAUUUUGUGAUUAUCUGAGUGUCUCCAGCUGGCUAAUACGCACAUUAACUGACUUGCAAACUUCACAACCCUCUAAAGGAUUUAUUAAAACUUUACAACUGCCAGACAAACUUAAUUAAAAGGAGCCACGACUCCGUAUCCGAGCGCCAUGGAUGGGGGAACAGACAGCAUCCGGGAUUUUUUCCACCAACUUUGGAGCAUUGCUGCAGAGAAGCACAGCCAGGGGGCGUACAACACGGUGUGCCUGGUGGUGCUGCUGACUCUGCCCCUCAUCGUCCUCCUCACCGCUUUGGUCGUAUGCUGCCACUGCUGCUGCUGUCGCCAUGCCAACUGCUGCUGUUGCAAGGACGCCAUGGCAACCGCAAGGUCAGAAACGAAGAAGAGAAAGAACUCGAGUGAGGACUUGUGGAUCUCCGUCAAGGGGGGGCCGAUGACGCCUGACAGGGUCGCCCUGGCCAUGGAGUAGGAAACCGUUUUUUUAUUUCAGUGCAGGGGAGCUGAUGGAGUGUCUUGAAAAGAAAACCAGCAUGGGCUCAAAGGACAUUGUUUAAAGAGGACCUAUUAUGCUCUUUGGGGUUUUCCCUUUCCCUCCGGCCUAAAACGCCUCCAUUGCACUCCUUUGUUUACUUUCGUAACAUAGUGACAUCACUGUGUAACACUCACACUUCUAUUGGCUAGCGCUCCAA